CUGAAUGGUCGUGAGCGGGUAUUGUCAGAGCCCUAUAUUGAUAGCGACCCGUUAUUGUCGGCGCGGGAGAGUCAAGGAUUGUACAGUGACAGUUUUAAAAGACAGUUUGAGUAAUGCAGGAAACCGUAAAAAUCAAAGAUGUCUGCCACAAAAGUAAGCUCACCUAAAAGAGAAUCAGCAAAGACCAAAUCAAAGACAAGCUCUCGACCUUCAUCCAGGGGCAGUCACUCUAAACAUCUUGAUGAUCUCAACAAGGAGUCCUCACAACUCAGGGAACAAGUGAUAACACUUCAAACAGAAAAUGAAGAAAUGAAAGAGAAAUUGAGAAUUCUGACAUUGCGUUUAGUCGAAGCAGGGAAACAGAGGGGAAGUGAAAUGGAUUUUGACACAAACUGUGACAUUUUAGAAAUUCCAUUGCUUGAAUUAUUGGCUGUGAUUGCGGACUUGAAUGGGAAUGAAGUGAAGACAGGGUCACAUCAAUUGAAAGAUUUUGAUGAAAACCGGUUAGAAGAGUUAGAAACAAGAGUGACUUUGCUAAAUACAGAACUGGCAAAACUGUUCAAACUGAAGCUAAAGGUAGAGAAUGGUUUGCAGAACAUGGACCGAUGUCAAGAUGUAGGGGAACUCAGGAAGAAGGCCAAGUACCUGUGGUAUGAAUCAUGUGGCACACAGGUGUUCGUUGAACCAAAGAUAAAAGUUGAGGACAAGCCAGCAGUCGAACCAGUGAUUGCCACAACUGUUCCCUUGCCAACUCUCACACCAAUCAGCCACCCAACAUCUGCUCAGAGUAACCUCCCUCAUGCAGUCAGGAUCAACCUGGAGAGGGUGAACAUACCUACUCCUUCCAGUAAGCUGCCUGCCAAUACUCACAUCAACAAUAUGCACAAGGGGCUGCUGCAGCUCGUCAUACAGGACCUCAGUCUGUAUAAAGGCAAUGGAGCUGACUGGCGUUUGAUAGCAGAACGUGUUGGGAUACCAGCUCAACUGAUUGCACAGUGGAAGACAAUGAAACUACCUCAGCCGAUGAAGAAUGUAUUGUAUGUGUGGGGUGAGAGCCAAGGGGCCACAGUGCGCAUGCUGCACCGCCAUCUUGUCUCCCCACAGAUGAGGAGUCUUGUCCUUGCCAAGAGAAUCAGUGACUUCUACCAUGUUGACUGAUGCAUGAUGGGAUCCUGUUGUAUUUCCAUAGCAAAUUUACAUUGAAAACAGUGAUAUAAAUGAUCAUAAUGGUGCAAUUGUAAAAUACUGAAACUUGUAUGGCCAUCUGUAGUCUCAUACACAAUAUUUCAUUGUGAUCUACAUUUCUAUUGAAUUCAUGCAGAAGAAGAUUGUUUCAUGUGUCUGUUGACACUUGAUGAAUGUAAGAGAACAAAAAUUUGGAUCAGUUAUCACCUGAUUUAUAAAUAUGGAAUAAAUAGCUCUGAAAGGGUUGUUGUCGGCACAGGUACUACAGAUGUGUAAUAAUAAUAAUAAUGAGAAUUUAUAUAGCGGUAAAUCCAACCACUAAGUGGGUGCUCAAAGCUCUACAAAAUAAUAAUAAUGUUUGAGUAGAGUUAAUAGUGCAGUUAACAAAGAUGCGUUUUAAGAUGUGAUUUGAAUGCAGCAAAAGAUGGGGACAGUUUUAAAGCAAGGGGCAGUUCAUUCCACAGCGAAAUGUACCCUAAACAAAGUCAAAAUACAGAAAAGUACCUGGUACCAAGAUACCAGUCCAUAUUCCACAUCCAAAAACCCAAACCGUAUAUACUUGGUUCUGAUCAAGAAAACGACACAAUGCAGAAUGGAAUCAUUUUGAGGUAUGUUUCUGUAUUCUGAUAUUGGCGAGGGUACUUUUCUGUAUACAGAAAUAUACCUGGGGUACGUUUCUGUAGUACCUGUGCCGAUGACCCCUUCACCAUAAGUAGCUGCCAGAGGGGGAAGCAAACGUUUAGUAUGAAUUGGCUCGAAGUGUUCUUCAGUAAUCAUUAAUUCUCAUCACUGUGACCAUAACUUGCCCAUUCCAAGUUUACCAAAUUCCUUGUGCCCUAUGAAGAUAGUGUGCCUUUUACUUCUAAUCAGAGAUAUAUUUUAUGAAUUAAUGAUAGACAAUGCCUUGACUAGUAUUUUUAACAUAUAAUUAGUAAGCAAAAUUUCGCAUAAAUAGUUAUACGCUUACUUCAUACAUUUUUUUGCAUGUAUUUCAUAGGAUUAAUCAAGUGCUAAGUAUUCAGAUAUAGGUGCAGUGGCAGUCAUUUUGCCAAGAGACUGCAUUGUCAGUAAGCGAUAUACUCAAACUUAUUUUCAAAGAUGACGAUCUUAUACAAAACAUAAUGAAGUCAUGCUUGCAUGAUUUUUUUUUAGGUUCUAGCUGAAAGUAGGAAUUUUUGUUAUAUCAGCAAUCUAUUUUUUCAGUUAAAAUUUAUUGCUGUGACAUAAUUGUCUAAAAUAUCAGUGUCACAACUGUUUUAGUUAUAGAAAAGGUUUGCAUAUUUUUGUCAUAAGUAGCAGUUUCUUAUCAUUUUUGAAAGAUGACAAUUUACUUUGUCAAGAUGUAAAACUUGGUUAUAUGUUUAUUAAUGUAUUCUUGUGAAGGUUAAGGUCACAUGACAAAAUUGCAAUGGGCAAAUGAUUUAUUAAUUCAAAUUAAACACUAACAACUGCCAAACACCACACACAACUCGAA